GUUUGUUGACAGCUCUACAGAAUUUGGACCCACAGUUGCAACUCUCAAUAUGAAGAGCCUCCUGCUGUUGGCAGUGAUAGUGGCCUUUGGCCUGCUGCAGGUCCAUGGGAGUUUGCUGGAUUUCCGGAAAAUGAUCAAAUCUGUGACGGGAAAGGAAGCCGCGACCAGUUAUGGUUUCUACGGUUGCCACUGCGGCCUUGGCGGCAAAGGAUCCCCCAAGGACGCGACGGAUCGGUGCUGUGCUCAACACGACUGCUGCUAUCGGCGUCUGGAGAAACGUGGGUGUGGCACCAAGCUUCUGGACUACAAGUUUAGCUACCAAAGGGGCACGAUCGUCUGUGCGAAACAGAACUCGUGUAAGAGUCAGCUGUGUCAAUGUGAUAAGACUGCUGCCUACUGUUUUGCAAGAAACCUGAAAACCUAUAAUAAGAAGUUGCAGUACUACUCCAACACGCAGUGCAAAGGGCGGUCCCCUCGCUGCUGAGAGCCCCUCUUGCCCGGACGCCUCGCCGCCCAAAGCUGUUUCCUUCUCCAACAUUCCCCUCCCCGCCCAGACCAAGUUCCCAGGGGAUGAAAACAACACCCCUCUCCCAUCCUAGAGUCAGCCAGGGGGACCCUCCUAUCCUCGCCCAGAAGGAGACGCAAAGCCUGGGUCACACGUGCCUGGCCCCUCCCCCUGCAUCCCCGGCCAGCUGAUCUCUCCAUGGGGGGCUCCACCGGUCUCCUCCAAGUCCAACAUCCUCUUUAGCAGGAGCAGCUACACUCCUGAAUAAAGCAAUUCCUUGGCAA